UCUUGGCUCUUCUCCACAGGAUGGCUCCCUGCUGGCCUCACCCUUUCUCAAAGGCUUCCUGGCAGGCUACCUGGUAGCCAAACUUCGCUUCUCGUCUGUCCUGGGAUUCGUGGCUGGGACCUGCACGGGGAUAUACGCUGCCCAGAACUAUGCUGUGCCCAAUGUUGAAAAGACAAUCCGGGACUAUUUGAGCUCGCUGAAAAAAGGUCGGGACUAGCCAGACGUCCUUUGGCAGCGGUGACUGUAGGAACGGUACUCCUUAGUUAGCAGGCGCAGAAGAUUCCUAGGGCUUUCAGAGGCGCGUCACCUGCAUCGUUAUUUUCCACUGGAAAAGGGCUUUACAGCACAUCAUUGUUGCGAGUCUGUCUAGCCUGUCUGCACUGACAGCAGCUCGCCCUUGCUGGCUACUGCCUGAAAAUGGUGAUGUUUGGUAACGCUGCUGGCUCUGCAAACCGGGUGCUCCGGCGGGGGCUGUGGGGACUGAUGCUGGUCCUGUCUGUAGCCAUAUACGGCUCUCACGCUCCCCUCCUGACCCUGUGCAAGGUGGACGGGAUGAUUCCCUUCAGCUCCGCGUCCGUCGUGGUUCUCGUUGAGCUGACAAAGCUGCUGUUCUCCUUCCUCUUCCUGCUGACCUGGGACCGGGAGCUGCUGGGAGUUGCUGUGUCGUGGCGCCACGUUGCCCCCUUCGCCCUCUCUGCCCUCCUCUACGCCGCCAACAACAACCUGGUGGUUCACAUGCAGCUCUUCAUGGAUCCCAGCACCUACCAGGUCUUGAGUAACUUGAAGAUCGUCAGCACCGCGCUCCUCUACAGCCUCUUCCUGCGCCAGAGACUCGGCGUGCGCAAGUGGCUGGCUCUCUUCUUGCUGGUGGCUGCUGGGGUGAGCUACAGCUGUGGUGGCCUGCAGGACCCUGGUAGCCCCUCCGUGAUGCGGCUCCACAUCACGCUGGUGGGCUUGUUGCUGAUCUUGGUGUACUGCCUGAUAUCGGGCUUGUCUGCCGUCUACACAGAAGCCAUCCUGAAAACCCAGGCGCUGCCCCUCAGCCUUCAGAACCUCUUCCUUUACUUCUUCGGGGUCCUGCUCAACUUGAUGGGCUACUUCUGGAGCAGCGCAGAGGGCGGUUUCUUGGAGGGCUUCUCCUCCUGGGUGCUAGUGAUCGUGGUCAGCCAGGCCGUGAACGGCUUGAUCAUGUCUGUGGUCAUGAAGCACAGCAGUAAUAUCACCAGGCUCUUCGUGAUCUCCUGCUCCAUCCUGGUCAACGCCCUCCUGUCUGUCGCCCUCUUCAACCUGCAACUCACCCUCCUCUUCUUCGUUGCCGUCUCGUGCAUCGGCCUCGCUGUUCACUUGUACUAUGGGGUCAGGUAGCUGCUGCCUCCCUGCCCUGCCUGUGCCGGGGCUGUCUGUAGUUGUUCCUCAGGGGUGCUUAGUGCUGGGGCUGGCAUUGGAAGCGAAGCGGAGCUCUGCUCCCUUCCCUGCUGUUCACAGGGAGUUGUUACUGGGGGGUGAACGCAAGACCAGCCCUGGAGGAGCUCAGCUGAGGGGGAGAGCAUCCUAUCCCCCUUCCCGGGGGGGAAGGAAGCUGGACCCCGUUCCAGUCCAGCUGGGGUCUGUCCCACCAGGUUCCUGCAUGAUCGGGUGGGUCCUGAGCACCUCGUUCAUGUGACUUAAUGUAUUCUCAAGCUGCUUCCCCCACCUUCCCCCACCAAAGAGCCCACCCACCCGUUUUGUGCCUGUACACGCUGCUGCGGUGGUUCACUCCGCUAUGCUGCGGGCUCCGCUGCACGGUCGCUGCCUUGGUCUAAGGCUGUUUCAGCUCCUGUGGAUGGUGCUUUCCUGUGACAGGGGCUCACAUCCAUCCAAAGUGUCCAGCUGAUGCCCAGCCCAUGGCUUCAGGGCGGCCUGGGCGCUGCGGGAGGUGACUCCUGCUGGCCUGUGACCCCUCUGAGCACCCGGUGAGGUGAGGAAGAGGGUUUCUCCCUCUGGGUCUGUGGAGGUACCAGCCCUCUGCCUGCCUGGAGAGCCUCCUGCCACAGCCAGAGGUGUUUCUCCCACACCUCUCUGAGGUUUUUAACCAUGUGCCCCAGCCCCUGGCUCAGGGCUGCCCUCCUUAAGGCCCCGUUUUCCCCUCUCGGGAGCAGUAUCGGUCCGUGCGGAGCAGAUGAGGAACAGGGGGAUGUGGGAACCAUUUCAGCUGGUCCCCAAAAGGGAGAAUUUGUACCCAAACUUGUACUGGUGCUGUGGCUAGUGAGUUCCUGGCAGGCAGAAGUCGCCGCUGGCUGUGACUGAGGCUAUUAAAGUUGGGGUUGAACAGCA